UCGGCAAACUUCGACACUGCUCAUUCGGUUUUGUUGAGUCCUCGGUAAUCCUCGGCAAACUCCGACACUUGGUUAAACUGGCUCAAUCGGUUCUUUUGGAGUUGGACGCGCAACUUCGGCUGUGCGUCCUGCAUCAUCAUCCCGGAACUAAAGUUCGAUUCAGUUCGAUUUGUGAACCGGCUCAGAAAGAAUGAUUCCUUUAAGAACCGAACAUCACGACAGGUUAACUAUCGUUCCAACCACACAAGUUUGCGAUGCAGUUUGGGAAACGUCAAAUUGUUGAAUUAUAUAGACUUGCGACCAUAGUUGGCUAACGAUGCUUUCGGGAAACGCACCUCAAAGUAAGAGGAAGACAACAAUCUGACAGCAUCUGUAAUUGUAUUAAAAACCUUUCGGGCAGAAGCAAAAUGGACAGAAGGAUCUGUGACUUCCUAAGGCAAAAUGGAAGAAGCAAGGCGUUGAUAAUUGCUAGAGCAGUCAAACGAGAUAAAUCCACUGUGAACAGACAUUUGUACAGCCUUCAGAAAUCAAACCAGGUGUUCAGAACUACAGAAAAUCCUCCUUUAUGGGAUCUUAUCGAGAAGAAAAGUGACUUCGAACCAGAGCAAAAGUCUCAGAUGAGUAAAGACAUGUGUGAAGAGAAACAUUUGAUUGAAUCAACUGUACCAGAUGGCAGACAGGUCUCAAAUUCAAUGCUAUCUGAAUUAUUUGAAAUGAUAUCAAAGAUUGCUGAAGGAGGCUAUGGUUGCAUUUAUAAAGUGAAACAUAAACUUGAUGGCAAGAUCUACGCUUUGAAGCAAGUCAACUUAACUGGGAACGCUGAAUCUGAGGUGAAGGCAUUGGCUGGACUAGAUCACCCAAACAUAGUACGCUACAUUACAUCUUGGCUUGGUCCGGCCAACUGGGCGUCAAACCAAGAAAGAAACACGUUAGGUUCACAUCAGGAAGCGAGAGAUGAUGAUGAUGACGAUGAUGAUGAAGAUGAUGAUGCUGACAACGAUGAUGAUGAAGAUGAUGAUGAUGAUGAUGAUGAAGAUGAGGAUAACAACACAUCAGGAAUGGAAAGUCUGCGUGUGACAACAGACAGCAGGAAAUAUUUAUUUAUUCAGAUGGAGUUCUGUGUGGGAGGAACACUGACUGAUUGGAUACAGGCGAGAAAUCAUAUGGAAAUACUGGAAAUCCACAAAAUAUUUUCUGAAAUCAUCACUGGAGUUGAAUUCAUCCAUGCAAACAAGUUCAUCCACAGAGAUUUAAAGCCUGAUAACAUACUGUUUGGUGCUGACGGCAAAGUGAAGAUCGGAGACUUUGGGCUGGUGGCGGCUCAGACCGAUCAAAAUGGUGACCCUAUAGAGAGGUCAAAGAGAAAAGGAACACCACCAUAUAUGAGUCCUGAACAGGAAAAUAAGAAGAAUUAUGAUGAAAAAACUGACAUUUUUCCCCUUGGACUCAUAUGGUUUGAGAUGCUCUGGAAAAUAUCUACUGGUAUGGAGAGAGUUAAGCUGUGGUCAGAUCUGAGAAAUCAAAGGUUUCCAGAAGGGUUCAGUGACAAAUAUUCAGCUGAAAGUACAUUCAUCAUGAAGAUGCUGUCAUAUUCACCAGAGGACAGGCCUCAUGCAAAAGAUAUAAAAAGAGAUCUUCAGACGUUUUUCUCUCUGGAACAUGAUGUGUUAAGCCAGAAAACAAUUUGAGGUCUCUGCAGUUUUAGUCGAGUCUUCUCGAUUAAAUAAUUUACCACAUAUUACUACUGACAGGGAACCACUUGUGUUUUAAAGCUGUUGUUGUUUUAUUCAUAAUUUAAUGAUUCAGUUGAUAAUAUAAAACAAAAUGUUAAACAUUUGGGGAGUUAUUUUAUAAAAAAAAAA